CAGAGCUUUGCAUCGCUUCCCAGCGCAGGUCAACACAUCGAGCGAGCCAUGCUUUGCUCCGGCCAGCAUCGUGAUGUCGCCUAAUACCUAUCCUGCCCGGGCAGAGCCUACACUAUCCUUCACGCAGGGCCUCAUCGUCGGCCAGCUGUCGGUCGUGCUUCUGAUCGCGGCCUUCAUAAAGUUCUUCAUAUUUGGCGACCCGCCCUCCCCAGAAGAGACGGCAACGGCCCGGGCCAACGAACGGCGGUCACGCACGCUCGCGCACAAAAGGUCGCUGCUCAGCCUCCGCAGCUCCAGCCAACGCCCCGAGCACACACACCUGCAGGGUGGCGGCCACCACCCAGCCCUCAAGAAGAAGAAGUCCAGCAUUCUGCGCCCCGGCCCGCCCGCCUUGACCAUCGGCUCCAUCCUCAGCAAGACGUACUACCGCGUCGACAGCCACCAGCCCGAGAGCCUCGACUGGUUCAACGUCCUGGUCGCCCAGACCAUCGCCCAGUUCCGCAGCGACGCCCAGCACGACGACGCCAUUCUCACGUCACUGACCAAGGCCCUCAACGGCACCAGUCGCCCAGACUUCCUCGACGAGAUCCACGUUACCGAGCUCAGCCUCGGCGAGGACUUCCCCAUAUUCAGCAACUGCCGCAUCAUCCCCGUGGACGAGGAUGGCCUCACCUUUGGCCCCGCCGGCGGCAAGGCCUUUGACGCAAACAUGGCGCACCGCGAGGGUGGCACCCUGCAGGCCCGCAUGGACGUGGACCUGAGCGACAUGAUCACCCUCGCCCUCGAGACCAAGCUGCUGCUCAACUACCCGAAGCGCCUGACCGCCGUGCUCCCCGUCGCCCUGGCUGUCUCAGUCGUGCGCUUCAGCGGCACCCUGGCCAUAUCCUUCAUCCCAAGCAACCCGUCGCGCCAGACGGGCACCAAGAUGGUCUUCACCUUCCUCGACGACUACCGCCUCGACUUCUCGAUCCGCAGUCUCGUCGGCAGCCGCUCGCGCCUGCAGGACGUGCCAAAGAUCGCCCAACUGAUCGAGUCGCGCCUGCACCGCUGGUUCGACGAGCGCUGCGUCGAGCCGCGCUUCCAGGAGAUCCCGCUGCCCAGCCUGUGGCCCCGGAAGAAGAACACUCGCGGCGGCGACGAUAUCAUCGCCGAUGUCGAGCGAUCUAUGAGCAGGGCGAAGGGCGCGGAUGCGGCCCGCAACUCCAGGCAAGAGUCUGUGGCCUCGGGCGCUCGUCAACACUCGGCCGAUUCUCUGCGCUUCAGGAGGCGACCCCGGUCUGAUGAUGAAUUUCCAAUGCCCGGUUCUUUAGAUGUGGAUGACUCUCCCUGAAUAAGAGUGGAAUCAAUAAACGUGACGACGGGGGAAAAAAAAGCCACCUCAUAUUGUUGCAAUUGAAAUAAGUAACAAUGCACGUCCAAGCUAAGAGAUGGGCGAGCAACUGAAAGACACGUGCUGCCACGGCCAAACCUCGCACAUAUUUGAAACGGAUUCUGCUUGCGCGACACGCCUCUGCUAUUCCAGCUGACGUCUGCCUGCCUGCCUGCUUGCCCGUCUGGGCAGCAGUCCAGUGGCGGCCAGGAACCGACGGUAGUGACACCACAGACCAAGCAAGGAAAGACUCAAGACCCGGGGGACAGGAAGGGCUACCAACACCCCCCGCAUCGGUCUCCAGUCCAGGGAAAGGCAAGGGGGCCAAGCCCCCCCGGGGGGUGGGGAAAGAUAACAAGGCUCUCCCACCGCUGGUGCUAGCAAGGGGAGGGGCCGAGAGACACCCACCACCCCCACUCUGCCCACAAGACACCUACGGCACCGCCGCCAAACGCCGGAGCAGACAAGAAGGGUACCGCUCCCGGCACGUGGGAAAAUGCAUAAAUAGCAAACACCACCUGUAAGCUUAGCACGCAGGUAGCCCAGGACAGAUCUCCCAGGACAUCAAAACGAUAUACUUUCAUUUGUUCCAACAGAGCCGAAUAGACGCUUACUCUGAUCCAGCGCGAUUAGACGCCGGCUGGUGUGUUGGCAAGUUGGGUGGCACAGCAGGCCGAUGCCAUUUUCGAUGUGAUAUUGGCCGUCGUGCGUGGAGACGGGGCCCCGGUGUUUUAGGCGCAGGCUUGUUGUGUUGGCCCCAUCCUGGACAGCAAAACCCCUUAUCACGGGAGAAACGCCGGUACGUCUUCCCGCUGGCAGCAACGCUGAAAAAAGAUUCGGGAAUGAGCAAAUGAAGAAAAAAUCGAGGUAACGGAUGGAUGCCAUGGAAAAAUUCCAUCGUGUGGGGCAUUUCUCUGUGAUUUGUAUCAAUGAUUAGGGAAGCAACACCAAGCCAUAUAACCUCCCCAGCAAUUUACAGCCUUCCAUGCCGUGGCACAGUAUCUCCAAUGCGCCGCUCCAUCGCCCCAGAGUCUUUCAACUCCAUCAACCAGCAGGAAAUAGGCAUCCGGCCCGACGUAUCUUCCCCACCUUACUCUUACACGGCUGACUGUCUAGGGCGCUUGCCGAACACCUUGCCGUACCGCCGGGUCGGGUCUCAACCGUGCCUUUUGGUCUCGCUGGCUGUCUGGCCAAUAUUCGGUUCUAUUUUGGGCUGUACCCCGGGCACACUUGGCUUCUCGACCCCGUGCCGGCCGUGUGGUUUUCAAAAGGGACGGAAGACACCAGAGGAUCUGGCCGCUAUUGAUAAAGCCCCAAAACGACGGCACCACAUCACGAUAUAAUUGGGUCAUAGUGUUAGUGCCUGAAGAGCAGGUGUAGUGUUGGGCGUUGGCACAUUUGUUUGGGCUGCCCCCUGCUCAUUUUCUCUACGUUUUCACCUGAACCUAUGAGCUUUCGGUAGAGAGGCGGACAGGGGGCACAGAAGUUGCGCCCAUGAUGUCCCAGCCUCAACGAAAAAAAAUAGAGCGAGGCUGUGCCGACUGCCACUUUGA